GUCCCGCGGUGAGUACGCGCGGCUCCGCACUACAGCUGGAGCCAGAGCAUGUCCUGGUGUGGGAACUCCUGCGCACCUGUACAGUUAUUCAGUCCUGUGUCGCCGAGGGGUCGGCUUGAGGCUGGCGGAGCGUAGAAGUAAAUUGAACUUUACCAAAGAAUGGAAUCAAGUGAUGGCUUUUUCUUUAGAAUUUGAAUAUGGAGGCUUCAGGAACAGAUGAAGUUGACAAGCUAAAAACUAAAUUCAUAUCUGCUUGGAACAACAUGAAAUAUAGUUGGGUGUUGAAAACAAAGACGUAUUUUAGUAGAAAUUCACCUGUUUUAUUGCUUGGAAAAUGUUAUCAUUUUAAAUAUGAAGAUGAGAACAGUAUGCUGCCUGCAAGAUCAGGAUGCGCCAUUGAAGACCACGUAAUUGCAGGGAACGUCGAAGAGUUCCGUAAGGAUUUCAUUUCUAGAAUAUGGCUGACCUACAGGGAAGAGUUCCCUCAAAUAGCAGCUUCCGCCCUGACGACAGACUGUGGCUGGGGCUGCACGCUGAGGACCGGCCAGAUGCUGCUGGCUCAGGGGCUCGUCCUGCAUUUUCUUGGUAGAGCUUGGACCUGGCCCGAUGCACUGCACAUUGAGGACUCCGACUCUGACUCAUGGACCUCCAACACUGUCAGGAAGUUCACUGCAUCAUUUGAAGCAUCACUUUCAGGAGAGAGAGAACUCAGAACUGCAGCAGUUUCCCUGAAGGAUGCGGCCGGGAAACAUUCUGACGACCAUGCAGCGCAGAACGAGAUCUAUCACCGGAGAAUCAUCUCGUGGUUUGGAGAUUCCCCCGUGGCUGUCUUCGGCUUACAUCGACUCGUAGAGUUCGGAAAGAAGUCUGGGAAAAAGGCUGGUGAUUGGUAUGGACCAGCAGUGGUUGCUCACAUUUUAAGAAAAGCAGUUGAAGAAGCACGACACCCUGACUUGCAAGGAAUAACUAUUUAUGUUGCACAGGACUGUACAGUUUACAAUUCUGAUGUAAUUGAUAAGCAGACUGAUUCUGUGACCUCUGGAGAUGCACGUGACAAGGCUGUUAUUAUUUUAGUUCCUGUUAGACUUGGUGGAGAAAGAACCAAUACUGACUAUCUGGAGUUUGUGAAGGGUGUUUUAAGCCUCGAAUAUUGUGUAGGUAUUAUUGGCGGCAAACCUAAACAGUCAUAUUACUUUGCUGGAUUUCAAGAUGACAGUUUGAUUUACAUGGACCCUCAUUACUGCCAGUCUUUUGUAGAUGUCAACAUAAAGGAUUUCCCUCUUGAGACAUUUCACUGCCCGUCUCCUAAAAAGAUGUCAUUUCGAAAAAUGGAUCCUAGUUGUACAAUAGGAUUUUAUUGCCGAAAUGUCCAGGACUUUGAACGAGCGUCUGAAGAAAUCACUAAGAUGUUGAAAAUUUCCUCUAAGGAGAAAUAUCCAUUAUUCACUUUCGUAAAUGGCCAUUCCAGAGACUUUGACUUCACACCUUCUGCAGCCAGUGAAGAAGACCUUUUCUCAGAAGAUGAAAAGAGAAACUUCCAAAGAUUUAGCACAGAGGAGUUUGUCCUGCUUUAACGAUGAAAACGUGUGUGCUUAUGAGAAGAGCCUGAGCACAGCAGCGCGGGGGAGAGCACCCAGCGAGCUUGAGAUUGCUCAUGCUCAGAUGCCAACUGCGCAUGUCCUCUUAACAGUGCACAUUUGAAAACCCCCAAACUUAGAGGUAUUUUUCUGAAAGAAAUGAUUUGCUGGCUCUUGCUUUCCAGUGAUAAAGAACAAGUGAUUCUCGUUGCAUUCCUGUUUCCCCAAAGAUGAACUAACGAAGCACUACCUGAACUGCAAGCCUUUUGGUCCCCAGCAUUUUCUACCUGAGUCCAUCAGUCCCCUGAAGACUUUGUGAUAUAUCUUCCCUCAAAGAUUCAUAUCACUAAAUUACUUUUAAAAGCCUCAUGUUGUGUCAUUGGCGGGAGACCAGAGCCUGGAUCUUCAGAACUACCCAGCCUCCUGCUGUUAACGUAACCAGAGGCUGCCUUGGGUUUAUGUAUCUGGACAGUGAAAUGGACAUGUAAAAUUAUAUAAACAGGAUUUUAAGGUAAUAUUUACCAAUAUGAUUCUACAGCAGCCACUCUUUAUGCUUGCUGCAGGACACUCUAUGAAGAAUAAAUAUAAAACACUUGUUUUCUUUUGCUCCCUUCCUUCAUUUCUUACCUUCCUUCUUUUCGUUUCUUUCCUUCUUUCAGUAUUGGGGCUUGAACCUAGGGCCUUGUGCAUGAUAGGCAGGUAGAUGUUCUACCUCUGAGUAUCCUGAAGUGCCGAUUUCCCCCACGUAUUUAAAAGUUAAGUAGUCAGUAGUAUGGUUAUUUAUUUUAAUUAAGUAAAGGAAAUCACAGAAUUGUAGUAGUAAAAUUUUAUGGAAAUCCAAUUUAUUACCCACUUUUUAGGUCUAAAGAUGAAUACCAAGAAAAAUAUGGAUGCUUUCUGAUUUUACUGUUCAUGUAAAGUGGUGUCAUGGUGUUUAGGAGCUGAGAUAUUUACAAGUUAAAUCUGCCUUAAGGAUGUUGGGAGUUUACUUAAAGGCAAACUUGUUAUAUAAAAAUAUAAACGUUAUCACCAACCCAGUGGC